CAAACUCUCAACAUGAACUCCUUGAUCGUUCUCGCUAUCGUUGCAUUCGCAGCAACCGCAUCUGCCUCUGUCCACGGACUCGGUCUUGGUCUUGGACUUGGAUAUGGAUAUGGACACGGUGCUUUCGUCCACCCCCAUGCCCUUAGUCCAGUCGGACCAUCUGGAGUUGUCACUGGAGCAGGUGCCGCUGGACCAUCCGGAGUUGUAACUGGUGCUGGUGCCGUUGGACCCGCCGGUGUAGUUAACGGACAUGGUGCAGUAGGACCAACUGGACCUAAUGGACAUGGAGCUGCUUGGGCUGCACCAUUGGCUUUGGGAUUAGGACAUGCUGGUGCUGGUUGGGGACUCGGCGGAUGGGGACAUGGUUUGGGAGCCGGUGCUGGUCAUUGGGGCCUCCAUGGUUAAA